GCCCAAAAAGAACGAUUCCUUCACGUCCGACACCGUGCGCGGAACCAAAAACCAAGGCACCGGCACCCCACGGAAGAAAAGAAAAUCCGCCUCCGUUCCGUAAAACCCAUAGUCUCAUUGACUCUUCCCUCCUUCCCAUAAUCGCAUUUGCCUCGCCGAGGUUACACACCCACCACACGCACCCCGCCACUCCCCGUCCCCUCAUGUUGAACCAUUCCGAUUCCCGUCCCCCUUUCCUCCACGGCCCGACCCACGCCGCCGAGGGCUCGUUGCCAUCGCCUGCGUCGGAGCCGAGGGACUGGGGGACCGCACAGAGGAUGGACGCGCCGUCGUCGUCGGGGCGGCCGACGACGCCAAGGCGGCCGCUGCAGGGCCAGCGCCCGCCGCGGCUCAACGUGAGGAUGGAGUCGCACACCGUCAAGAAGCCCUCGGGGGCGGGGGCGGGGGCGGGGGCGCCAGCGCAGGCGCAGGGGCUGGGACGGCGGGAGCCCGGGCCGCCGCCGCGGGCGCCGGUGAUCAUCUACGACGCGUCGCCCAAGGUCAUCCACGCCAAUCCCAGCGAGUUCAUGGCGCUCGUGCAGCGGCUCACCGGCCCGGGCUCCGGCGGCCCGUCGCCGGCUGAGGCGCAGCAGGAGUACCAUACGGACGAGGCCGUGCUGGGACAGGCGCCGUUCCUGCCGCCGGAGCUGCUGCUGUCGCCGUCGACCGCGAUGUCCCCCGCGGCGCGGCUCGCGACCAUCGAGAGGUCCGUCCGGCCGACGCCCGCGCCGGCGCCGGACUACGUGGACGUCCCGGAUGGCAGCGGGGUCGACGACGGAACCCUCGCGGCGGUUCUCGGGCCUGCGCGGCAAGGCAUCCUGUCCCCGCUACCGUCGUCGCUGCCGCCGGCCGCAGCGUCCGGGCUGUUCUCGCCACCGCCGUUCGACCCGAGCUGCAUCAGCUGGCUGAACGAGCUCAGCCCGAUCCUCAGAGCCGCCUCCACGGCCGGCGCCCCACCGUCCGGCUUCUGCGGCGGCGGCCCGAGCAACGGCGCAUCUCGGCCUCUUCCGUCCUACUACGCCGACCCGUUCGUCCCCAGCCCCCGCAACCUGCUCGCCACGCCCACCGUGCCGUCGCCGACGACCUGCGCGGAGUUCUUCGGCAGCCUGCCGGAUCUUUAGAUCGCCGCCGCCGCGUCCGUCCAAGACAGCUGCAGCAGCGGCCGGAACUUAGCUACAUUUUCUCACUUCUUUUCUUGCGACAUUCUUUUGUUCUGGAGGAUAAGGCGAAAGGUGGUGAGCCUGGCACUGAUGCUGAUUUGAUUAGUGCUACGUUUUAUUCUUGCUGAUUGUUCUUGGGCAACCACUAGGCAGCAGGGAGGGAGAAAGGGACCGGAAAACUAUCGCGAAAGCAGUGGCAAAGUGGUUAGGACUAGAAGAAAGCCGGCCGCCCAGCACUUUGUUUAAUUCUUCUUUUCUUUUGGUUUACAUCUCCUGCGUAGACCAAGGAAAUGAUUGCUUGUUUAAUUGAGGAUUUUUUAAUUCUUUA